CGCGCAGGCGAAAGACCUAAAGCAGACUACACGCAUCUACACGGAAACACAAGUGCGCUGGGAUUCUAGCCAGUGCACCGAACUGGGUUGUGCAUGAAAUUUCACGGAAUGUUCUCGAGGGUUACCUUCUAUCCCUCGUUAAUCUAUAAUGUCGUCAUGGAGCGUGUGUCAACGAGACGGUGGUAUGACCGCAUCGACGAUACCGUUAUCCUCGGAGCACUGCCUUUCCGGAGCAUCACACCAAAGUUGCUCGAAGAGGAGAACGUGAGAGGGGUCGUGUCAAUGAACGAAGACUUCGAGCUGCGAUAUUGGGUCACGAGUAAGGAAGAGUGGGAGAAGUGUGGCGUCAAGUUUCUCCAGUUGAGCACGACGGACAUCUUUGAGACACCCUGUCAGGAAAAGCUGCAACGCGGAGUACAAUUCAUCCAAAGUUUUGAAGGCACAGGCCACUCUGUCUACGUUCACUGCAAAGCUGGCAGGACACGCAGUGCUACUCUCGUCGGCUGCUACUUGAUGCAGAGGUACCAGUGGACACCACAAAAGACUGUGGAUCUUCUUCGUCAGAAACGGCCACACAUUCUGCUGCACUACGCCCAGUGGGAGGCACUGCACACCUACUUCAACAAAAAUGUUGCCGCUGCGCUGGAAUCAGGUGACCCUCCCGUCAUCGGCAGCAGCCCUGGUUAAUCGCAAGGAGGCAGGACUAGAAGCUGAAGAACAGCUACAUGAGGUCCCCCACACCAAUACACCCGACAGUACAGCACUGUAAGUAGUACAGUUAGUGAGGCAAGAACGCCUACAAAAAAAAAGUCUGUAAAAGAAACUGGAGCAUAUUAUGGAUGCCUUAGACACAGAGUACGCAACAUACAUGUUCCAAGGCAAUGUAGUGCGAAAGAAGUUGACCAUGCUUUUUUAUUGCAAGGUGAUAUGACUCGAGCAACUGUGCCAUGUGUUUCUUUUUUAAUGCAUGCAACAUGGAAGUGUUUUUAAGCAGUAUUAAGGUGUUGAUGUGUCGUAUCGUAUAGCACCCACAAUGUGAGUCAAGUACUCCUAUGAGCGUAACAUUCGUAUGUGUAGUAUCAUGCAGCUGAUUUGUUGUAUUGGCAUAAAUUGGAACAAUGACAACUCAGACUGGACUAAUUUCGGAAUAGACAAAAUAGUGGUACCACAUGUUGCUGUGGGAAACAAAUGCCCACUGCAGAAACAGGCGGACAAAAUAUGCUUAUUGCACAGUUUCCUCUCAAAUUACUAAAGCUCAGGAACAGUGUGUUCAAAUAGUACUAUGUAGGGAAACCUAAGGCAGUUAUUUUAUUGUGCAUCUGACACUCCUUGAUCAUGAAUCGCUGUAGAAUUGACGGAACACUGCGAACUAUGAAGUAGUUUAGUGUUGCAGCAUAAGAUAGUGACCAUGGUUUCCCUCAUUUAAAGGAGUUUAUGAUUUAAAGAAGGAAAAGUCGGCGACCACCUAUGAAACAAAUGCAGAGAUUCUUAGGGAGAAUAUGUUUAACAUUUCUGCUUAAUUUUGCACUACAGAAUUUCCUACUGUGGUGGCUUUGUGCUACUUACCUAUUUUGAGCCAGUCUUGCCUGUUUGGUAAUGUUAUGUUACUUGCAGUACUGACUAGAAUAUAAAUGAUGGAAAGGAUAAUAUAAUAAUAUCUGAGGUUUAACAUCCCAAAACCACAAUAUGAUUAUGAGAGACACCGUAGUGGAGGGCUCUGGAAAUUUCGACCACCUGGGGUUCUUUAACGUGCACCUAAAUCUAAGUACCUCCACAGGCCUCAAACAUUUUCACCUCCAUCGAAAAUGCAGCCGCCGUGGCCAGGAUUCGAUUCCGCGACCUUCGGGUCAGCAGUUGAGCGCCAUAACCACUAGACCACCAUGGCAGGGCAAAAAUGAUGGAAAGGAAAAUGUGAAUAAUGAACCAAUGUGUGUACUGACUUCUGGCUUAUUUCAUACAUGCAUGUGAUGCACAACACUGUAAAGGGAAUAAUGUUGCAGAAAAAGUACCUAUGUGAAAAGAAGAAAGCGAAUGCUAUUUUGAGUGCUAUUUUAAGGUGGAUAUGUGGUGAUAAGUGGCGAUUGGAUCUCAUAUCCAAAGAGCACGGAGCAACUUCCUCUCGCACCCAAGCUAUCCUUGUCAUUGGGAGGUGCUAGUGCUGGAGCAAUUGCACCACCUCGUCAUUGUUGCGUAGCUGUAAUGUCAAUUCCUGCCAUGGCAUGUGUAACACGCAGAAAAGUUGGUUGUCCAUAGAGACAAUGGCCUGGCAUUCCCACACCUCUUGCCAGCUUGCCUGUGUUUACUUUUUAAAAAUUGUUCUUAGAUGAUGGAAACUUUUGAACAACGAUCCAGAGAGUCGUUGCAUAGUACAGCAGUUCUGAUUAGUGAAAAAUUGAACCAUCAGUUAGUAGAACUGCCCAAUUUUUAUUUGAGACGUUGUGUACAUACAAACUUCUGCAUGUGGUUUCUGUAGCGGUGGUGCUCUGCUGUCCGAGCAUAGUACCAGUUGUAGUUCUGUGUCUUUCACUCAGGUGCAAGUAGGUGAAUACAUUCUGUACUUCGUGAUUUGUGCACUGCUAUGAAUGGUCACCUGUCGAUUGCACGCAGACAACUUGCUGCUCCUAUCCUUUCUGUUCCAGCCUGCUUGUAGAUGCUAGUGUGCAUGUGCUCUCAUGCCAUAAUUAAACACUGAUGAGAAGAAAGUUGGUAAAACACCUCUCCCACUUAGUUUUAUUAGGUUCCCGAAUUGUGGUGCACCCAUGACCUAGCACUCGUGGCAUAUCCAGAUCUUAGCAUCUAUGCGGAUUCAUCACGCUAGCACAAUUUACUUCGAUAAAUAUGGAAAAGGUAAUGCAUCCUCUAGUUUUUCAGGUCUUCAUGUUUCAUUCCAGUGUGAUAGUAGACUUCCUAACAAAAGAUUAUCAUACUGUGUGUGACCACUGCUUAGUACAGCUUGUGAAACGGGCCUCUGCUGUGCCCCCUCUCCCAGUGCUCAAAUUUGGUGAGAAUACUUGCACUCGCUCACUCGAGCUUUGAAGCGACGAUAGUGCUACAAGAACUUGGUUAAAUGGCCUGGCAGGAGCGCUGGUUGAGUUUUCGCUCACCUGUACACUUUUUACAGGGAGCGCCCGCUGUACUCAUGCUUGUCUUCUCUCUGUACCUACCAGUGACUUUCCUGAAUUAUGCACACUUCAGCAAAUGUUCAGAUAACAUAGAGUGGGCGAUUCUGUAAGCACACUAAACUGUUGACUUGUCUCCAUCUGCCAGUAUCACAAUGCUCGGCUCUCAAACUAGAGGCCCACGUGAUGUUUUGCGACUUUCUCAUUUCAUUGAGAAGUGUCGCUGCACACUUUGCCUCGAACACGUGUAGUGCUCAUAUUUGUUGAGCACAGCUUUUACUCAGUGGAUGCUCUUUUUCAUGGAGCCAUUCCUACAUGAUUCUCAAUGUGGCAGCAAGUUGCCACAUUAACAGGUUUGUGUGGUGCUGUGAGAUUAGCUUGACAUCUGCGUGCGUUUCACUGCUCUCGGUGCAUGCAGAGUGAGGUGGCAUUAUGGGCAGCUCACAAUUUCACAUGCGUUGCCAGUUUGCGAACAAGCCUAGCCUGCAGGCCAUCAGUACCCAUAUUUGGGUUGUGUGCUGUUUAUGCUUGACAGCUGUCGCGAAUGCAGUGAAUGCUAACAAGGACAAAAGAAGCACAAACCUGAAACUGUAUGCAAAUCAUAGUCUUCCACUAGCAUGUUUUGCACUGAUGUUGAGUGUAUGUGGGUGAUGUUUUAUGAAUGAGAUGCCUUGAGGGGACGUCAAGAAAUAUGUAUGAGGGUUUGGAAGAACUUUCAAUGACCAAUCUUGAUAUCUUCUGGAAGGUGGGCAACACUAAAAUUGCACGAACAGUUCUCUCCUUAGCUCUUCUAUUCUUUACAGUGUGCUGUUGUUGAGCAGCUUUCUGAAUCCCCUCCAAACCAAGCGGUGUGCUUUGAUCAGCUAAAGCAGUACGAAUGGUAGGAGAGAUGGAGUUAUGAGAGAAAAUUUGGGAAUACCAAGAUGUUACGGCUGUUCGCUGCAAAAUGUUUGAUGCAGUGGAGGUCGUGUAAGUAGCCACCUUGUAUUAGGACCAUCACAAGCUUCAUUGCCAGAUAAGGCAUCUUAUUAGAAAGAGUUCUGCAAUUUUUAAGUGCUUACCAGCAACCACAAGAUCACUUUACCUCCGCCAUUACUGUGGUGAAUUCAAAUCGCAGUCUCGCAUACAUUUUUGGAAGGUCACACAGCUGUGCAAGCAAUUCGUUGCUGUCAGCCUGUGAACCCAUGCUUUUCGCUGAAUCUAACUGGCUCAUCUCCAUCCCCAACGAGCUGGCCCACUCCGAGACGCGAGGUCUGACAUUCCACACCCACGGAGGUUCUCUCCAGCUCACGACGUUGGAGAAUAGAGAUCAGCCAACCACAAACAAUGAAAUUUCGCAGCACUUCUACCUUGACAGGAGGAUCUACCCCCUUCUCACAGAAAAUUACACAGAGCCCAGGCAAUGACACUUAGACUCUUACAGACAGGUUCGUACUCAAAUUUGGCUUUGUUUCACAAAAUUUAUCCGGACACUAGCAGCUAGUGCUCUGGCGAUGCCCUUCACUGCUGGGCAGCGAUCAAGCUAUCCACCCAAGUGGUUCUCUGCCAUCAGAAGCCCCAACAACGGUGAUCAGCUACAGGCCGUCCAGAGAGCCCACGAUGCGGCGGUCAGGCUUAGCCUGCCCGUCCCAACAUGGGAGGAGUCCAUUGCGCGCUAGUCACGUCUCUCAGGACAGUUUAUGUUUCACCAACCAACCAACCAUCUCAAUCAACUGCUUCAGCUGACUAAAGUUCACUUUUUGGGAACAAUUUAGAUCUGAUCAGAACAAGAAUAAUGGCCCUUUUAUGCUGAGCAGUCAUUUGAAACACAGGUGUAUAAAGUAACACAGACAGCCAAUUUUCUUUCUUUUUUUCUAAAAAAUCUCUUAUAGGGCAAUGUGUACGCGGCAUAGUUCCUUCCUCCUGUUCAAACUUGCUAUACUUCUCUUUUUGCAAGUAUCUUGGUGUAGUGAACAUCAGGGCAUUGAUUUAUUAUGACACUGUCGCCUUGCAAGUACCUGUGCAACAAGAAAUAUUGUUUUAAAAAUCUGUGUAACAGCGGUAAUGGAAGUGGUCAUCCAGGGUAUGCAAACGAGGCCUCAAAGCAAAUGUGGUUAAAAUAUAACUCUAUUCUAUGUUCAACCUUCUUCAGCACUUUGAAAAAAAUAUUGCUGCCAUGAAUUUCUGUACCACUGCAGCUUCGGAUUACUUUGCAAAGUGCGCUGACAAUGUGAUAAGCAUUUUGUAAAGUGAUAACAUUAUCAAUUGUUUCAGCUGUACUAAUGGCAACAAAAGCCUGAUGCAUGUUCAUUAAUCCCACGUUAUAUUAAGAACUGCUGUUGUCUUGCUUGUUGUCGGUUUUGGUCCGACUGCUGAAAAGAAUGUGUAGAUGCUGCAAACGUGGCACAGUGAAGAGAAAGAAGCAGGCUACUUACUUAAAGGUGAACUGCAUUGAGAUUACACGUUUGCUAAAUUGCUUGUAAAUGAGUACUUCAAGCGAUCUUGGGAGAGUUGCGGUUCGGGUAAUUGUCUAAUCUUUCUUUUAAUGGAACAUUAUUUUCGGAGCAAACAUUACAUAGUAGUGCAGCAAUCAGUUUGCAGGAGUAUCCACACCAGAGCCUCGAUCCAGCAUAGCAUAUAAAAAGCAACUGAUUGGGCUUUGUGGGUUUGAUGACUGCAGGAAUGCAACUGGUGCAGUUUCGCACAUCUCAUGGCAAGAUAAUUAUAGGCAUCAUUUCUGAGCCCAAAUGCCGACUGCCCGGUCUAUCGGCCAACUAACCCUGAAUGUAUUGCUUCCAAGUGUAUAUGUGCUACUAUUCUAUUCAGCCUUUCAAGUUCUUGUCAGAUGACAUCUGCCUUGUAAACUUCAGAAAAGCAAGCAUUUGUUAGGCAGCUACCCUUACCAGGAUGCUUGUUCCAAUGUUGCUUGCACUUAUGUACUCUGUUUCUAAUUAAUAGAGUAUGUAAGGCUUGGAGUAAAGUCUAGCACAAGUUUUCCAACUGGCCCAUAAAGCUGCCAAAGGCAGCUAAUUUGUAAAGAGCAAGUAACACAUGCACUCUGGAACCAGUGCUACCUUGCUGCGGAAAGCAAGCAGGACGUGUCUUGCUAGCUGUCACUCCAAGGAUUGUUGUAGCCUUGCAAUUAUUUGUGGCAUGUCUGCGACUCUGGCGUCCAUGGGUGCAUGGGUAAUAUUGCAGCGUAGGAGUAGUGAAGACAGUGUUCUUACCUCUUAUCCACCAACUUCCACAGAUCUGUACGUACAGAACAUGUAACGCACUUCUUUUUCUGUGAUACGAUGGAUAGCAAUUCUAUUUUAACCACUGAGACGUUCCCAGCUCUGUUGAACCCUCUGACAAACUGUGUACAAGCACCAAGUCUUUCUCUUUUUGCACAAAGGACGGACACAGAGUGCCCUGUUGAUGUAACUUCUGGAAUUAAUAAACUUUUCGUGACACUAA